AUGUCGUCCCGCACACCUUUUGGCCAACCGGCUAAUCACCAGGUGAUCAUUGACCUGACUGGGGACAACGAGAAUGAGACCGAAAACAUUGUACCCGGCACAAAUGCUAUCAACCAGCUUAAAGAAGAUGCAAUUUCUGAAGCAUCUUUAGCCGCCACCCUAACUCACCUGUUGCCAGUAUUGCCAACAAAGAGAAAGAGCCUAGCAAGCUCUGAUCAGUCUGAUGCUUCCGACAGUGAUCUCCCGCACAAAUUUCUGCGCCGGGUACCUCGCGUCUCGCAUGCUCACCCCACAACGCCCACCCCUCCACCUAUGCGCCAGUCACAGUCGCAAUUUAGCGUGGUGAUUCCUUCGCCAACUUCAACUCAAAAGCGACUGAAUGCUGUGGCGGAGCGGAACGCAAUUAAGGGAACAAAUGAGCAGAUCUUCCCAAUAGACUCAGAAGAACGGAGAGUCGCUCAGGCAGCAUACCCUAAGUCGCGGGCACCAAUCGACCGCCGUUCUACCACGUUGUCCUUCAACUCUAAAACAAACAAACCGCUUAACCUCUCACCCACUACCUCGAAACAGCACAUUACCGAUAUCCGAGCUAAUCUUAAGAAGAAGCUCGGCCAAAUCAAUGGGCCACCAGUCACCACUGCAGUGCAAAGCCCUAAACUUCUUGCCAAGCUAGCCGACAACUUUGAAUUCACAAAUGAUUACAUUGACCGCCCAGGCGUUGUUCGCGUUCAGAAAGAAUACAAUUAUGGCUGUGCCUGCGUUGGGGGUGUGCCACUUCCUCGUGCGGCUGUCUAG